AUGUCUUCCACAAACGAGUACGGACAGGGCAAGUCCCACGCCACUGGCGACUCCGCCGUUCCUGGAAAGGUCCAGGAGCAGGCUCCCUCGGGUCUCGAGGAGGCUCUUCCCGACUCCGUUCAUCCCACGGGUGGCAAGGCCGACCAGUCCACCUCCCAGACACACGCGAAGGACGGUGGUGACGCUUCCAUCGUUCCCAAGAAGGUUCAGGAGAUCCUUCCUGAGUCCGUCGAGCGCGCUGUUCCCAACGCGAUUCACGACACUGGCGACAAAUAA